CGAAAUCGCUAGGCUUGGAACGGGGCGCAUGAAUCGCAAAGCUUGACUUGACUGGGUUCUGCCCGGCAGGUGAGACGCCAUGCUGAUCCUUUGCUUGACCGAGUAACCAUGGCGGCGGCCAGCCUGCGACUAUGAUGACUCGGAAUCAUGAAUGAAAUCGCGGGGAAAGAGCCAGACUUCCGAUCCCCCUCUGGAGAGGAGAGCGUCCGGAGGCGUCUUCUUCUUCUUAAGCUCCGAAUCUGCCGUCUCCCACUGCCGAACAACCCGUCUUCGGAUGCGAACGCCGUUCCCAGUAGUUGCGACUUACUACCACUUACAUGAUACGGCCUUGAAAGCCUUGACGUUAGCAGACCGGCAGCAGCGCAUCUCCCGCCAUGGCGCCAAGGGAUGCUAGGAUCUCCCGGGACAGUGUUGCGACGGGGCCGACGCUCACGAUCCUCCUCGUCUUCAUCAGCGUGGCGCUCUACAACGUCGCCGAACUCAACUUCAUCAUCCUGGCUACCUUCAAGCGGCGCAACGGACUCUACUUCUGGAGCUUCAUCGUCGCAACAUGGGGCAUCGUGCCCUAUUCGAUCGGCUUCCUGCUCAAGUCGCUGCAGGUGGAGGUGCACAGCUGGGUGUACGUGACCAUGAUCGUGGUCGGGUGGUGCUGCAUGGUGACGGGCCAGUCAGUCGUGUUGUACUCGCGGCUGCACAUCGUGCUGCACAACGCCUUCCAGCUGCGGCUCGUGCUGGGCAUGAUCAUCACCAAUGCCAUCAUCUGCCACAUCCCCACCACCGUCAUGGUGUACGGCGCCAACUCGGCCCACCCGGAGCCCUUCAUCACGCCCUACUCGAUCUGCGAGAAGAUUCAGGUGACGAUCUUCUUCCUGCAGGAGAGCAUCAUCUCAAUACUGUACAUCAAAGAGACGGUCGAGCUCAUGCGGGUACGGAAACGCGGCGCGAUAACGGGUGGCAGGGGGUUCAGCAACGCCACGCGGUGGCUGAUGACACACCUGAUCAUCGUGAACAUCAUUGUCGUCAUGCUCGACAUCACCAUCAGCGGCCUCGAGUACGCCAACCAGUACUACCUGCAGACGAGCUACAAGGCACUGGUCUACAGCAUCAAGCUCAAGCUGGAGUUCAGCAUCCUGAACCGCCUGGUCGAGGUGGCCCAGGGCGGAUCGUCCGCCCACGACAGCUCGAACAUCCGGACGUGGACCGACGCCGCCGGCAUCCAGAUGGACGCCUUUGACAGGGAAAGACGGAAGCCCUCGGCGGCGGGUCCCGGCUUGGGGCACAACGUGUACGUGCGGUCCGAGUCCGGCGCCGGGGCAUACGACAGAAAGCACCCGGAUGCGGCGGUGGUCAUGACAACCGAGGUCACCAUCCACCGGGGUCGGUCGCGAUCGGGCUCCGGGCCCGAAGGGGAUCUGGAAAGCAUCGGCGACCGGUCUGGCAUGACCGUCGACAUGUCAGAUGGAGACUUCAUCGGGCAAUCCAGGGCGGCAUCCCACUCGUCCGAGCGGCGCAUUGUUGAGACAAGGGGCUAAGAAAGGCGCGCAUCUGUGACAGACUGCUCGUCGUUAGUAAAUCAUUUUCUGGGUAACUGUGAGAGACGAGCAAUAUGUGGGCGAGGCACAAGGUCGCUGCAAAUAUUACUCAAUUCUGCUAAUCGAAAGCUGAGGAAAGGAAGGAGAAGAU